AUGUCUGAUAGUAAUAGACGACAAAAAGAGUUGCAGAAGCAGCGACAACAGCAGACGAUUGCUCAUGAAGAAAUUGUUCAGGAAGAGAUCGUUACGGAUGAUUUGAUCGAUGAUAGACAGAUUUCUGAAGAAAUCAUGGAAGAAGUGGACGUUGAAGGUGAAGUUGAGGAUGAUGUAGAAUAUCGAUUGCAAGCUGAUGGAUCCUAUAGAGCGGUUUAUUCGUCACGUGUAAGUAGUAUUCCAUCGGGAAGUAGACAUUCACCUUAUGAUGAUUCGCAGCAUGAAAGGGUAAGUAUUGGAGAACCAAGCGAUAGCCGGUUGUGCGGUUCCGAAGUGGGACAGAUUCAGACAGGACGUGUUAUUCCGGCACAUGUUUUUGCCGUUCGAGGAAAUAGGAUAUAUCGUAUUGAUCGAUCAGGUGGUUCAACCACCACCACACCAGUGCGGACACUUAGUGAGACGAAUCGUGGAGUAAUGGACCAGGACGUAAGUUUCAUGAUUGUGAUGGCUUUAUUUGAGGGUUCGAAAACAGAAUCAAAUUGGCGAAGACGUGAAGUGUCAUCUAAAUCAAAACCUCUACAAACUGGGCCCCUUAGUCAGCCUUUAGCUUAUCGGGCUGCUCAGGCUAGUGUUCAGCGUAACAGGGUAUUCACUCCAAUGUUGGCAGCUAAAUUAGCUCCAAAGAAGCGACCUCUUGGUUCAAAAAAACCAUGUCAUUGCACACGUUCAAUGUGUUUGAAAUUAUAUUGUGAUUGUUUUGCAAAUGGGGAAUUUUGCAAUGAUUGUGAUUGCAAAGACUGCAAAAAUACAAUUGAAUAUGAAAUUGAGAGGACGCGCGCUAUUAGGUUAUCACUGGAACGCAAUCCGAAUGCAUUCAAGCCAAAAAUCGGUGUUGCUACCAACAGACAAGUGGAACCAGAACGGUUGCACCAAAAAGGAUGUCAUUGCAAGAAAUCGAAUUGUUUGAAGAAUUACUGCGAAUGUUAUGAAGCGAAAGUGCCUUGCACUGAUCGAUGUAAAUGUAUAUGUUGUCGAAACACCGAAUCGGACCGGGCAACACGUUUGGCAAAUACGAAAUCAGCUACGGCAUUAACCGAUAUUCGUGCUGCUGCUACUAUAGGUAAUGCAGAUUUUCAUAAAACGACGUUGUAUAGCGAUGAGGAUAGCGACGAUGAAGUCCAAGAGCCGAGUGAUCCCAAAACGUUACCUUGGUUUUAUAUGACAGAUGAAGUGGUAGAAGCAGCAACGCUAUGCUUGGUAGCACAAGCAGAAGAAAUUGAAUCUAGCGGGCAGGCAACUCAAGUAGAAAUAGAAAAAGCAAUUUUGAAAGAAUUUGGACGUUGUUUGGGGCAAGUUAUUGAAAGCGCUUUGAAAAAUUCGAAGAAAACCGUAGGAAGCUAA